AUGAUUGCAAACGACAGAAGUUCAAUAGUUUCUAGAGGGAAAACAGCUACUGAAAAAGCAACCUCAGUGAACGAAAUCUCUGAAAUAUCCAAAAUAACUACUGAGAAGAAGACGUCGUCAGCCAAGAACAGGUGGCAAAGAUUAUUGGGUGCUUUAGAAGUUAAGCAGCAUCAUAAUGGCUCAAACGUUCGUGCGGAAGGGAUUCUCGAAUCCUAUCUUUUUAAUGAUGAUUUAGCACCGGUGGAAGAAAAAAGAAGAGUUUGGUCUUGGAAGGAGUUCGUUCUUUUCCGCAUUGCUGGUGGUUUUAACGUAAAUACAUGGCAAAUAUCAGCAACAGGUCUUCAAUUGGGUCUUAAUUGGUGGCAAACUUGGAUAUGCGUCUGGUUUGGAUAUAUCUUUGUGGCAUUUUUUUUGGUUCUCGCCUCAAGGGUUGGCAGUUCUUACCAUAUCUCAUUUCCCAUCUCAUCAAGAAUGUCUUUUGGUAUUUACUUUUCUUCAUGGAUCAUCUUAAACAGAGUGGUUAUGGCUUGUGUGUGGUAUUCAACAUUAGCGUAUAUUGGUGGAGAUUGUGUCCAACUUAUGUUGGAAUCGAUUUUCGGUAACGAUUUGAGCACAAGAAUCAAAGACACCAUUUCCAACAAAAACCUAACCACAUAUGAGUUUAUGUGUUUCAUGCUUUUCUGGGGUUGUAGCUUACCUGUUUUGUUAAUGCCUCCCCAUACUUUACGUUAUUUGUUUAGGGUAAAAUCAGCUGUUACACCUGUUGCCGCAGUCGCAUUUUUAAUUUGGACUUUGAAGAGAUCCCAUGGAAAUCUAGCAUUAGGUUCAUUAAACAAAAUAGAACUGAAGGGAUCGGCGUUGGCUUGGGCAGUAAUUAGAUCGAUUAUGAGUGCAUUGGAUAAUUUCGCUACCCUUAUUUUGAAUGUACCAGAUCUCUCCCGGUUUGCAAAAACUGCCAAGUCUGCAACUUAUUCUCAAUUUUUUGUUUUGCCCUUCUGUUACUCAAUAAUAUCUCUUCUGGGAAUCCUGGCAACAUCUGCAGCAUACACAAUGUAUGGAGUAAAUUAUUGGUCAAUAUUGGAUAUAUUAAGACGAUUCUUGGAACACCAGACUGCAGGAACCCGUGCUGGAGUUUUUCUUAUCUCCUUCGCUUUCGCUAUUGGACAGUUAGGCACAAAUGUUUCUUCCAACUCAAUAUCUGCAGGUACUGACAUGACAGCACUGUUACCGAAAUUCAUUAACAUCAGGAGGGGCUCCUAUAUUUGUGCAAUCAUUUCAUUAGUCAUCUGCCCUUGGAACUUAAUGGCUUCUUCAUCAAAGUUCACAACUGCAUUAUCAGCCUAUGCAGUUUUUCUUUCUUCUAUUGCGGGCGUUGUCGCUGCUGAUUAUUAUGUUGUGAGAAAGGGACUUGUCGCCUUACAGCACUGUUAUACCAACUAUCCAACUUCCUUUUACAUGUAUGGUAAUCGCUACGGCACGAACUGGAGAGCUCUAGUAGCGUAUAUUCUUGGAAUGGUCCCUAACUUUCCAGGUUUUAUCGCCUCUGUAGGUGGAGGAACCGUUCCUGAGGGUGCAAUGCAUUUGUUUCGUUUAAAUUAUUUUGUUGGAUGGCUUAUAUCCUUUGUUAUUUACUCAAUUCUGUGUUAUUAUUGGCCUGUCCCAGGUAUGCCAGAAAACGUUUCUUACUUUGAUUUUUCGCAUUUCUUUGAGCACUGGGUUGAAGUUGAGGAUUUUGCUUCUGAAAGAAGAAACUUUUUAUUGCAGCUCCAAGGAUCAGGUACAGUAAGCAUCGUUGACUCAUGUGUAUCCAACGACUUCCAUUCACGUAUAGCCCAUGAGAAGGUUUAA